UGCAAAACAUCUCGAAUAAAUCCUUCAGCAGUCAUGAUGAUGGCAUUAAAGAAAGGUGUUAAACGAAAUCUUCUGAUACUUUUAUUAUUCAUCUGUAGUUAUCUUUUCGUCUCUUACGUUUUGGAGGGUCGCGAAAAUGGUGAUAACAAAAGGAAAAUAAUUUUAAUUGAGGAAUCAAUUCGUUCUCUGGCAAAUCAGGGAAAAUGUAAAGUUCCAGUUUUACCGCAUGAUGCACCUGAGAUGAUGAAAUUCAUAAAAAAUGAGCCUUUACUUGACUGUGGAACUGAAGAAGAUUGGGUAGUCUGUUCAAUAUCAUUGUGCGCGAUUAAAAAACGAAUAAUUGAAGCCAAGGGCGGAUUUAUUUCUUGCGAGUUCACAGAUAUUAUCAGAAAAGACGAUUACCAAUUCGAAUAUGGUUCAACAACACGCUCAACAAAUCGUUAUUUAUUACAGAAUUCUGAUUUCGUCGAAGCUAAAUGUAAAGCUAGUGAUGGUAGUAAAUGGUCUGGAAUACUUAUUGGCAUAAGAAAAGAUGUCGAAAUUCUCAAACGAAGAAAGGAACUUAAGGGUGUCAAUGUUUUAAUGUUUGGCUUUGAUUCGCUCAGUCGAAAUGCUUUUAUCAGAACGUUACCGAAAUCCUACGAAUAUCUUACGAAAGUUUUAAAUGCCGAUGUUCUCAAAGGAUACAAUAUUAUUGGCGAUGGGACACCACAAGCAUUAAUUCCAUUGCUAACAGGUUUCACUGAACUUGAAUUACCUGAAACACGCAAACGAAAAUUUCUUUCCACUCAUGUCAAUGUUUAUCCGAUGAUUUGGAAUCAAUAUAGAGAUGCAGGCUAUGUAACUGCUUUUAAUGAAGAUAAACCGGAUAUUGGCACAUUCAGUUAUCGAUUAAAUGGUUUCGAUAAACAACCUACAGACCAUUAUAUGCGGACUUAUUAUCAAGCUGUUCAAAACAAGUUGAAAUCUUAUAAAAAACUUUGUAUUGGAGAGAAGACGCGACACCAAAUCAUGUUAGACUACACCAAAGAUUUUCUAGAGAAAUAUAACAACACGAAUCCCAGUUUCAUCUUUAGCUUCCACGCUGAAUUAUCUCAUGACUCAAUAAAUUUGAUAAGUGUUGCUGAUGAUGAUGUUGAACAUUGGUUGAAAGACAUGAAAUCAUCAGGUAUUCUUAACAACACAAUUCUCAUCAUGAUGUCAGAUCAUGGAAAUAGAUUUGCAGAAAUACGAAACACAUUGCAAGGGAAAUUGGAGGAAAGACUGCCGUUUUUCUCUUUCGUGUUUCCUGAAUGGUUCAAAAGAAAAUACUCGUCGCAAUAUAGAAACUUUCAAUCUAAUGUUGAUCGCUUAACAACGCCUUUUGAUAUUCAUGAAACUCUUCAAGAUAUUUUGAAUGUUCAACUUCGUGGAAACAUUAUAAGAUCUAAUCACAAUCGAGCAAUCUCAUUAUUUAAUCGAAUUCCUGAACAUCGUUCAUGUGCAGAUGCUUUUAUUGAGCCUCAUUGGUGUUCAUGUUUGUCAUGGCAACCUUUAAAUGACUCAACAUCGGAAGAGGUUCUCAGAGCUGCAAAAGCAGUCGUCGACUCAAUAAAUAAAUUCACAUCAGACUAUCGUGACGUCUGUCAUGAACUUCAACUCGGAGAAAUUAAUUGGUCGGGGAAACUCAUUCCACAGAAGAAUCUCCUUAGAUUUAAAACAAACAAAGAUACUGACGGCUUUCUUGCCGAUUUGUCAGCUGAUACCAAAGUCACUAACGAUAUGUACCAAGUGAAGAUUACAACAUCACCAAGCAAUGCUAUUUAUGAAUCAAGUAUUCUCUACGAUUUUAUUAAAAAUGAAUUUCGUACUCGUAACAUCAGCUCAACGUCUGCUGUUCAACAAAUGAUUAAGCCACCUAUUCAAGUUUUUGGCAUCGAAGGCCGCUAUGCAACAGCACUUUUCUCAGCUGCAUCAAAACAAAAGUCUCUUGAAGCAGUAGAGAAGGAUUUGGUGAAAUUCCAAAGUUCCAUGAAGCAAGAUCCAAAGUUGCGUGACUUCAUUAUCAAUCCAACAAUUAAGAGAAGUUUGAAAGCAGAUGCUUUGAAUAAAGUUGCAGCUCAAGUCAAAUUCAAUCCUGCUACUGGCUUCUUAUUGGAACAACUUGCUGAAAAUGGACGUUUGAUGAAGUUAGAUGCUGUUAUCAAUGCUUUCAGGCUCAUUAUGGCUGCAAACCGAGGUGAAAUUGUGUGUGAAGUCAUCACUGCCAAGCCACUUGACGGUGCUCAACGUAAAGAGUUGGAAGCACAAUUGAAAAAAUUUAUCAAACCAAACGAGAUCAUUCAACUCACAGCUAAAGUUGACCCAUCAAUCAUCGGUGGCAUGGUUGUUUCAAUUGGUGACAAAUAUAUUGACAUGAGCGUCGCUAGUAAAGUCAAGAAAUACACAGAUUUGAUUUCAGUUCCCGUUUAAAUCAUCUCUCAAACCCUUCGCUUAAAAUUCCAAUUAAAAGUGAAAUUUCUUCGAUUCAGAGACAGAAUAAAAAUUAAACAAAGCAUUGAAAUUUGCAUCCUGUGAGAUCAUUGUAGUAAAAUAAACGCAAAAAAGCUGGAAAUAAAAAUAAUUGAUUUAAAAUUAAAAGAAA